CACAACUAGACGGUCAUGUCAGGCCCGUUGAUGUCGUUGGUGGGGAAGAGGAUUCUGGCAGAAUCCGCACGAAAUAAAUUUGGACAAGAGGAUCCGUACUUCGAGGAAGUUCCUGCCUCGCGCCUGUCCCGCGCCUUUGGGAAAAAGACUCAGAAGCGUCGCAAAGCCGUGCCGCCCGGCCUGUCUAAAAACGACGAGCAGGUGUUGACCCAAGUCAAACGUCGAGCCUACAGACUAGAUUUGUGCCUGUUCAGUUUGUGCGGCAUUCGAUUUGGUUGGGGCAGCGUGAUAGCUUUGAUUCCUUUUGCCGGAGAUGUCCUCGAUACCGUGUUUGCAAUGAUGGUUAUGAAGAGCUGCGAAAACAUCGAUGGCGGGCUUCCUUCAUCGCUCCGUAUGAAGAUGACCAUGAAUAUACUCUUUGACUUUGUCAUCGGUCUCGUGCCGUUUGUCGGCGAUCUCGCAGACGCGAUGUACAAAUGCAACACGAGAAAUGCCGUCAUCCUGGAGAAGUAUCUCCGAGACAAGGGGGCCCGGACGGUUGCCAAGAGACGGAAGCAAAAUGAGGAUCCCGAUGUGGAUUACAGUUUGCCGGACGAGUUUGACAGAUACGACGAAAACAUGGGCGACAGCGGUCCGUCGAGGCAUGCGAGCCGGUCCCGCAGCAAGAGGACAAAAGGUCCGGCCAGACCCCAACCGGCGAAGCGUGCACACAGCAACCGACAGGAGCGCAGAUGGUUUGGCGGGUCGGCACCGCCAGACGAUGACUUGGAAACCGGCGUCGUUGAUAACGCGCGACACUAGAUGAUGAUAAUGUUCUUUGAUAUGAGUAUACCCCACGUUGAGAGAUAUCCCAGGAGUUGACGCCGAUGCGUGUAUUUAAUGAUAAUAUUGUUUCUUUUUCUGAAUUCAACGGAAAGCCAUUGGAUUGUCCAGUUAGCAG